AUGCCAGCCUUCACAGUAGCUGUCGCUGGCGGCACCGGUGGAAUUGGUCGCGCUCUUGUUAAUGGGCUUGUACAGCAAGGAAAGCAUAAAGUCUUGAUCUUGAGCCGGAAGUCAUCUACCCUGGAAGUCGACUCCGCCUCCAUCUCCACCAUAGCAACAGACUACACCUCCAUACCCAGCAUGAUAUCCACCCUCCAAGAACACAAAAUCGACGUCGUCAUAUCCGCCCUCAUCCUCUCCUCCCCCGAAAACAGCCAGGCCCAACUCAACCUCAUCACGGCGGCCACGCAAUCCGGAACAGUCACCAGCUUCCUCCCCAGCGAAUACGGCAUCCACUACACCCCUGAAACCCUCUCCUUCCACCCCGCUGCCCGCUACUGGCUCGACGCCGCCGCCGCCCUGCGCGCCUCCGCCCUGCGCUUCACGCGCGUCGUCUUCGGCUGGACACUCGACCACUACGGCAUCCCGCGUGUGCACAGCUACAUGAAGCCGUUCAAGUACGUGCUCGACUUUGACGCGAGGCGCGCCGCGGUGCCGGGGGAUGGCACGCAGAAGGUGAGUUUCCUGCACACGACGGAUUUGGCGCGCUAUGUGGCUGCGCUGUUGGAGGACGAGGGGGAGUGGCCCGAGGUCAGCGCGUUCGUGGGGGGUGUGGCCAGCUGGGGGGAGUUUGUGCGGAUCGCGGAGCGCGUGACUGGCGCGAAGUGGGAUGUCACGUAUGACUCUGUCGAGGUCCUGGAGAAAGGGGAGGCGACGAUGUUGCCGCAGCCGCCGGGCGCGCCGACCGAAGAGGAUUAUCCCGGCAUGCGCGAGAUGGUUAGUGAGUUUGGGCUUAUGGCUGUCAGGGGUGUGUUGGAUGUCAGUGAUGCUGGGAUCAGGAAUGGAGCGUUUCCGCAUAUCAAGCCUAUGAGUGUGGAGGAGGUUGUGGAGAAGGCUUGGGGGAGGGAUGCGGGGGCUUAG